AGUAACGCCUUGGAAUGUCCUCGCACUUUAUAAACAAUUGUACUGGGGAGGGAAUAUUUUUUACAUGACAUUUGCACAGCUUGACAAAUGGCAAGCUGAGGCUGUGUGCUCUUCUGACGAACAUUGAUUUUUCACAUAGAGAUACCCCACAAACUGACCAAAGAGAGAUAUCUGACUGUACUGGAAAAGUAGAAGUGGAACUUGGAGCCUUAAAAAAAACAAACAAAGAGCUGCAGUUAAGUGAAGAGAGCAAGAUUUCGAUGUUGGGCAUGAUGGCAUCAGCCCAGGACCUUUUAAUUCUGGCACUAUGUGGCUUGUUACUAGAGUUACCGGCUGGAUGUCAUGCAACAGAUACAAGACAGCCAAGGUUACGUCUGUCACAUAAAGAGCUCUGGGACUUAAACAGGACGUCAGUCUUUCAUAGCCCGUUUGGAUAUCUUGGUCUUCAUAUAAUGCUCCUGGAUGAGUAUCAAGAGCGACUAUUCGUGGGAGGAAGAGACCUCUUGUACUCUCUCAGUUUGGAUCGAAUCAGCAACAACUACCGAGAGAUCCAUUGGCCUAGUACACCUCUUCAAGCAGAAGAAUGCAUAAUUAAAGGAAGAGAUGCUGAUGAAUGUGCUAAUUACAUCCGUGUCCUUCACCGAUACAAUAGAACACAUCUUCUGGCCUGUGGAACAGGAGCUUUUGAUCCAGUUUGUACCUUUGUAAGAGUAGGACAUCCAUCAGAGGAUCAUCUGUUUCAACUGGAAUCGCACAAAUUUGAGAGAGGACGAGGCAGGUGCCCUUUUGACCCUACUUCUUCCUUCACUUCCAUCUUGAUUGGUGGUGAACUUUUUACUGGUCUCUACAGUGACUACUGGGGAAGAGAUGCUGCUGUCUUUCGCACCAUGAAUCGUAUGGCACAACUCCGAACAGAACCAGAUAGUGAGCGCCUGUUGAAAGAACCAAAGUUUGUUGGCUCAUACAUGAUUCCUGACAAUGAAGACCACGACGAUAACAAAGUGUAUUUCUUCUUUACUGAAAAAGCAUUAGAGGCUGAGACAAGCACUCAUGCCAUUUACACCAGAGUGGGACGUGUGUGUGUGAAUGACAUGGGAGGACAGCGAAUGCUUGUGAAUAAAUGGAGCACUUUCCUCAAAACCAGAUUAGUUUGUUCUGUGCCUGGGAGAAAUGGCAUUGAUACGCAUUUUGAUGAAUUAGAGGAUGUGUUUUUGCUGCAAACUCGUGAUAACAAAAAUCCAGUGAUAUUUGGCCUCUUCAGCACUACAAGCAAUAUAUUUAGGGGAUAUGCUAUAUGUGUUUACCAUAUGGCAAGCGUCCGAGCAGCCUUCAAUGGACCAUAUGCUCAUAAAGAAGGACCAGAAUACCACUGGGCUCUAUACGAAGGGAAAGUACCUUAUCCUAGACCUGGUUCAUGUGCCAGCAAAGUGAAUGGUGGUCUGUACACUACCACCAAAGACUAUCCUGAUGAAGCUGUCCAUUUUGCCAGGAGUCAUCCAUUGAUGUAUCAGCCCAUCAAGCCUGUUCAUAAGAGACCAAUUCUAGUAAAAGCAGAUGGGAAGUACAACCUUAAGCAAAUAGCUGUGGACAGAGUGGAAGCUGAAGACGGGCAAUAUGAUGUGUUGUUCAUUGGCACAGAUAAUGGAAUUGUGUUGAAAGUCAUUACAAUUUACAAUCAAGAGACAGAAUCAAUGGAAGAAGUGAUUCUUGAAGAGCUGCAAGUAUUCAAGGUGCCAAUUCCUAUUAUUUCCAUGGAAAUCUCUUCAAAAAGGCAACAGCUCUACAUUGGAACUGAAUCAAUUAUAGCACAAGUGAAGUUUCACCAGUGCGACAUGUAUGGCACAGCCUGUGCUGACUGCUGCCUGGCUCGAGAUCCCUACUGUGCUUGGGAUGGCAUCUCCUGCUCCCGGUACUACCCCACAGGAAUGCAGGCAAAGAGACGCUUCCGCAGACAAGAUGUACGACAUGGAAAUGCAGCUCAGCAGUGCUUUGGUCAGCAGUUCAUUGGAGAAGUCUUGGAGAAGACUGAGGAGAGAUUGGUUUAUGGAAUAGAGUACAACAGCACCCUUCUGGAGUGCACCCCUCGAACCUUACAGGCAAAAGUAAUCUGGUUUGUCCAGCGAGCCCAUGAAACUAAGAAGGAAGAGGUGAAGACAGAUGAUAGAAUAAUCAAAAUGGACCUCGGCCUCUUAUUUCUGAAGCUGCAUCGGCUGGAUGCAGGGACUUAUUUUUGUCAGACAGUGGAACACAGCAUAGUUCACACUGUUAGAAAAAUCACCCUGGAAAUAGUCGAGGAAGAACGUGUAGAUGAAAUGUUUAAUAAAGACUAUGAGGAGGAGAUAUCUCACAAAAUGCCAUGCCCAAUGCAGAGCAACAUACCUCAGGUAUCAAAACCAUGGUACAAAGAAUUUCUUCAACUGAUAGGUUACAGCAACUUCCAGAGAGUGGAGGAAUACUGUGAAAAAGUCUGGUGUACAGAUAAGAAGAGAAAAAAGCUGAAAAUGUCUCCAUCCAAGUGGAAAUAUGCCAAUCCUCAGGAGAAGAAGGCAAGGAUCAGGCCAGAGCACUACCGGUUGCCCAGGAACAUAGCUGACUCUUGAUGGACAAAAUCCAUCUUCUGUUUCUGGGCAAAAUUUUAUUUGGACUUCAGUAAGAGGAAAAAAUCAGCUUGGUUUUGGUAAAUGAAACAGGUUUAUAUGUAUAAAAUAUCAGGACUGAAAACAAAUAUACUAUGGUAAGUUAUACCGUACAUUCAUGACUGUUUAGAAGCAUUUUACACAAAAUUUUGUCUGUUUCUAAGUAGGUCAAUGCAAUCAGAGUUUUGCUUUAGGAAGGAUGUGACAAUCUUCAGACUUUGAGUGCUUGAAUCAGUUUCCUGUGUGGACCAUGCUUGUGCUGUAUAUUGUUGCAUAUGAUGGCAUAUUUAAGUAAAUUCAAAUAAGCAUUCACAAGAGGGUGAAAUAUAGAACGUGUAUCUUUCAUUGUUUUCACAAGUUUCUCAUAGUUCUAAAAAGCAGCAUGUCUUAAGAUCUUACAUUUUGACUGUGACCAGUUCAAAUUCAUCACUGAGAGCAGUGAGAUUUGUUAAUAUGGUGUCCUGCUUUUCCUAAAGAUAAUGAAGAGAAACCGUAUUUACUUCCCACCGUUAUUUGUCUCAUCAGUUAUUUAUAAAGCACAGUGUACUGUUACAGCUAAAUAAUAUUACCUAGUAACUUAAUGUAAGUCAGGUGCAUGCUGGGAACACAAAGAGAAUGAAAUUCUUCUACACAUCUAUACAAAAUGUUGGAAUAAUGGUUUAGACAGAAAGCAAGCCUAUCUUGUCUCUAGUAAUGGGCACUGCCUUAACAACACAAAUUAAGCGACUGCCCUCUUGUGGCUAAACAAAGCAAAUCCGAUGGUAUCAUAUUUUCUCAAGUAACGUGUAGCUAAGUAUUCCUUGAUCCACAGAUGGUUUGUUUUCAGCAUACACUUCUCGUCUCUAUGUACCAAAUCCACAGAUUUAGAAGGUAGUGUUGGAAGUCACUCAUCCUGAAAAGACAGCAUUUAAAGUAAUACUAUAUGUCGUUAAUGUACUUUUGGGAUUAAAUGCAGUAAUACAAAGUUAGGAAGUAGACUGAAACAGGAACAGCAUUAUGCAGUUGCUUUUCUACAGUGUUGUCUGAUCCAGGCAAAAUUUCCUGAUGCAUGAUCUCUGGUCAAAAGAGCUCUUUUCUGCUCUUGUGAUUGAUACUAGGAGGAGAUCAAAGUAGUAAAUUUACAAUCUAGGACUUUCAAGACUUUUCCUAAAAACAAACAAAAACAAAAACAAACAAACAACAAACAAACAAACAAACAAAGCAAAAGAAUACUUUUAUUUGAGCCCAAAAGCAGCUGCAUAAAAUGUAGAAAAUAUAUUAGUUCACUACUUGGAAAAUCUGGUAUUACAAAAUGGGCUGCAUAUAUAGAAAGAAAUACAUACAUUAGUGGAAAAAUAGGGAAGUUAUAAGCACAAAUGAGUUAAAAAUGAGUUAACUCCUCAAAUAGAAACAUGAUGCCAGUAGAGUAAAUAGCCAAGCUGUUACAGACUUUGAUGCUGCCAAGAAAAUAUACAAAGGAUUCACCAGUUGUAAUGAGGUUUACGCACAGCUUCAGCUUCUAAUCAGAAAGCAGAGUUUUGAAUUAAUGAGAAUUAACAUCCUGGAGAACAGAGAUCUGCUAGCUUUGCUCUGCUGAUGCAGUGGAUGGAUGCUGAUGCAGUGCCCUCCAAGCACUAUGUAAGAGGGUCUCGGAGCAGGAGUAGGAAGCCUUGCUGUGCCCCUCUGGAAACUGACUGUCCCAGAGUUUGGAAAGAGCCUGUGUCACACUGCCAGCAAGUGCUCGUAAAACAGCAGAUAAGCCUUUCCAUCAGCAUCAUCUUAAGGAGAACAAUUUAUCAGGAAGUUUGUACUUUGUUUAGCUAGAUUGCCUGUCUGAGAGAUGGAAAUGGACACUGCGCAUUGGCUUGCAUGAAUGUGCAAGGUUGCUAACUUUGAUCUGAUACAGAAGACUGGUUAAAUUCACUUUUCAGUGGCAGUUUAAUGGAACUUAGCUCCAGUUAUGAUCUCUGAUUAUUUACAACUACAUGGAAAACUUUAGCACUAAAGACUAUGACAGAGAGAACACAGAAUAAGCAUUUCUAAUUUAUAUUUGAUCCACUGUAAAAUUUACCCUGGCAUCCCUAAGGCUGGAAAGCUGCUAAAACGCUAUUAAUAUCUUCGGAUAAGUUAUGAAGCCCACUUCUUUUCAGUAGUAAUGGGAGUUAUAUUUUAUCUUUUUUUUUUUUUUUUCUGAUUAAGUUGUUAGUAUCUGGUGCCAAAUGUACCUUUAAUGGAUUGUGAAAAUAAAGAACAACAGCAUCUCGGCCUGAUGGAAAAAAAUAUGACUUUAUGCCUCAUUCUGAGAUUUCAGGUAGAAAUCAGGACGUUAUAUGCAGACAAGCAUUCCUGAUUUAAUAUGAGUUUGUAUUUUAGCUCCUCAUCCCUUUAGUGGUUACAUAUGGAGAAUUCCAUUAAAUUUUUAGUAAAAGUUUAAAUUUCUAGCUCGCAUCUUGCAACUUCCCUGAGUAUUCACAGCUAAAAGAUCUUUUUCAGAGUGCUACAACAUCAAUGGAAGAGGGGAAAGACUGACAGUAAUGUAUUUUGGAAGGAUACGCUCAAAUGUGCUCAUACACAAUGUUAUUUAAAAUGCUUCUUUGUAUAUAUGGGGGCAUUGUCUGCUUCUUUUCAUUAUGAGUUUGAUGUAUUUUGU